GCGAUUACCCAGCACGCGCUCAGCUGUGUCGCCCGGUGAUAGGGAUGCAUUUAAGCAUCUAUGGUAGCAGUCACGUCGCAAUCAUGUAAUGAUCGUUCGUGCAGUUUCUGUAGAUGAGAGGGUUUUUGUUUGGACUUGCACAUAUUCACCAGGUGAGGUCAGGACCAAACGAUUACACGGUUAUACGGUUUCGUCGGUGCACCGCCGCCGACGAUGACAGUGGAAAUCCGAGCCGAGACAUGUCGGCAUCGGAAGGGUUCCAAGGUUACCUAGGUAUUCGAGCAAACACGUUCGGAAUUGAUAAGCGAAGAACGAUGGCGGACUCGGACAUCGUUUCAGUCUCGGAACGCAACCAAGGUACGUCCAUCACAAUGUAAGUCCUGACGACGUCGAUUUGAGCAAAAAUUUCGAUAUGCCGCUCAAUGAAUUCUGUUAGUCGAUGACCAGAUGAUAGUGGAC